AUGUCUCAUCCUUUGCAAGAUAUUUCCAAUUCAGACUUUGAUGUCAAUAUUCUUCAUGACCCAUUGACCAACCCAAGCAUCGACUUGAAAUUCCCAUUACCAAUUGACAAGAAAACCUAUGUUGAUGUCGAAGACAACUAUGAAUCUCUUAGCCAGUCAUUCAACAUCUUAAACUCUGCCUUCCGGUUGAUUGUGGGUGGCUCCAAGUACGACAAGAUCUACGCCAAUAAUGAGUACAAAUUCUUCAUCAACAAACACUCUGACGAGUUUCGGGCAAAGUUUAAAAACUAUAUGACAAACAAAUUGGAGAAAGAUGACAAGAAAUUGGACGAGAUUGUUUACGACUUGGUCAAUCAAGAACUCAACAUGAAACUUAUCAAGGCAGACGACUUCAAACUGAGGUUCAAGGAGGUUAAAGACUAUAUGGUAAAGUACUACAAAAAGAACAAUGAAAAAAACUUGCCCACUUUUCCAUCCCACAACUUUGUUAGAUCAGCAUACGUCACCGUGAUGGCCAUUAUGCAAAGACUCUUCCCCAAGGGUGUUUGGGUCUCAAACCAAGAUUUAUCCGAUUUGUACAAAAAAUACCUCGCUGACCCAAUGUCGAUUAUUUGGACACCUUCACACCAAUCCCACUUGGAUUAUAUCAUCCUUCAUCUCAUCUGUGUCCGUUUCCAAAUGGCUACCCCGGCAGUGAUUGCUGGUGAAAAUUUAAACGUGGCAGUUGUUGGUGGCUUAUUGAAAAACUUGGGUGCAGUGUUUAUUCCAAGAACAUUCAACAAUGACUUGUACACGGAGCGGAACUUGAACAAUGUUAUCGAAUUCUUGUUGGUCAACAAAAUUCCUUUUGAGGUUUUUAUCGAAGGUACAAGAUCAAGAGAUGGGAAAUUGUUGCUUCCCAAGUAUGGUAUAUUGAAGAAUCUCGUUUCUGUUUAUAUGAAACAGAGAUUUGAAGAACAUAAACCUCAAUUCAACAUGUUGUUUCAACCUGUCUCUGUUACUUAUGAAAGAGUCUAUGAGAAUGACGAGUUUUUAAAGGAAUUAAAAGGUGAAGACAAGACGCAAGAAAGUUUAUUUGGUAUUUUAUCGGUUGCGGCGAGCGCCUUUAGUAAGCCCAAGGAUGAAGUUAUCCGUGACAAAUUGGGCUAUACAGAUAACAGUACCAGAAAAUUGACUGGUAAGAUCUUUGUCAAACUCGGUGAGAGCUUCACAUUAUCCGAGUUUAUCGAUGACCCCGAUAUAAAGACUGAAAAAGAGGUUAAUCUCAAAAAGCUUGGAUUUAAGAUUUUACAUGAAGUGAAUAGAAACUCCUUCAUUCCAGAAAUCUCCAUCAUUGGAACUGCAUUACAAGCAUAUAACUACUAUGCAAACAAGAGGGUGUUUACCAUUGAGGAGUUAAUCCCCGUAUUGAGAAUUGUCCUGGAGGCAUUACUUCGUGAAAACGACUCAUCAAAGACCAACAAGACAAUCUUGCAAGAUAUGCUCAAGUGCACAGAUGCCGAGUUAUCGUCUUUGAUUGUCAAGGAGAUCACGUCGUUUUUUAGAUAUAUCAAGGUCAACGACAAGAAGGGGCUCAUCAAGAUUGAGUCGCCAAUUGAAUUGCUUUACUACAAGAACUUGACCAUCCACUUGAUUAUUCAAAGAUGUCUCAUCAUGUACAUCAUUACAUUACUCGAUGGAACAGAAUUUUGCAAUAGACGCAUUAUAGGUAAAUUGUUCUAUAUCCUUACUGGAUUUCUCAAAAAUGAAUUUUUGUUUGACUAUGAUGAAAAUGAUAGGAAUGGCAUGACUUUUAUCAUUGAAGACCUCACUGAGCUCGGCGUCAUCACCAAGAACAAAUCAGAGGACUCUGAGCUUUCCAUUUACAAGAUUUCAGAUGCAAAGUAUAUCCGUUUAUUUGCUAAUUUGGCGCAGCCCUUCCUCGAAUCUUAUGUUGUGCUUAUCUCUAACAUUCUUGAAAUGACAACCAACUUGAAGUCAAACUAUGCUAGGGCAAAACAACAAAUAACCCACGAUAAGCUUAUCCUUGACGACGAUGAGUUGCGCUACCCCACUACAAAGGGUUUGCUCAAGUACAUUAUUGAGCAACUGCGGAAGAAGGCGCAAUUCCAAAGUUUGGAAUCCAUCAAUAAACAAUACUUGGUUUCCGACUUGUAUUACCUCAAUAACCUUCAAUUGAUCAAGAUUUUUAAGAACAAAGCCAAGACGAAGGCAUUUGUUCAGAUUUUGAACCCAAGAGACUUGGCCGUAUUGAAUGCAUUUUUGAAUCAACUUUUGCAAGUUAACAGCAAAGAGAAGGACUUGCUUACAGAUGAAAUUAAUGUCAACUAUGUGAUUGAUAUCACAAACAAGAAUUUCGAUAGGGAUUACGACGAGCUCGAAAGGUUAACCAGACAAAGAGCUACAUGGGCUAAACUUUAG